AAAUUUGAAUUUGUCCCUUUAAUUUAAGUACAAUCUAUCGUAGAAUAAGUCGAAGUAUAUGAAGUCAAAUUGUGAAUUGUAAAUGAAUUUGUAGCACGUAAGAAAAUAUCUAUUAGCACUAAGUGUAUAUAUUGUGAAUUUCUAAUCUUAAGCCAUUUUUAGUACUUAAGCUCAUCUGCAAUUCUUUUACUAAUGAACUCCCCACUUCUUCUACAACCGCAGCAAGUCCACACAGCAUCGACUGAGGGAAUUCCGCCAGUGACGUCACCGCCUCUCUUUUCUCAAAGCAACAGCCGCUCUAACCCCGCUUCACGUCUAACUGGAAAACCCCCACUCCUGUCCAUGGUCCUUCGAAACCGUUCACUGAGUUAACCAUCAAUUGAGGUAAAUCCCAUCUGCAGUGUCUAGCAUACGUAGAUGUGUGUCAUCGUUUCGGUCAAAUAUGAAUGCCCAAGAGUUAUACAAGUGCAUGCUUUGCAAAAAACGUCAUGCCCUCAGGUUCUGCCCACAAUUUAUACUGAUGACUGUAGAAGACAGGAGAGCCGCCGUUCGACAACACCGUUACUGUCGAAAUUGUCUGGCAAAAAGCCAUUCUGUAGUAGAGUGUCAGUCGACGGAUACGUGCCGAAAAUGUGGGUUUCAGCAUCAUACAAUGCUGCACCCACGAAAACUUGUACUGAAGUCAAAAAGCUCCAACGCCGCCUCCAAGUCGCACUCAUCUAACCAACCAACUUCAUCUCGGCCCCAAAGAAAUCCAGCAGCACAGUCCAAUGCCACAGCCAAAUCACGCCUUGGCCAACGUCAGCACUCAGCUUCGGCUGGCCAACAACAACAACAACAAAGGCGAGCCAAAAGGCACAAUAAACCAAAGGGUCAAAGAAGCCACCAACAACAACCACCCAAGCACCAACGAAAAUUGAAGACCCAAAAGUCCAACAAAGAGCGCCCACUAACUCCACAACCCAACUACUUAAUUUUAUCUGAAGCCAUCAAGUCGUUGGCAACAGUGUUAUGCGCUUCACCAAAUCUUGCGCAAGCGCAAGGCCGGCGCCAUGGACAAAUUUGAAUUUGUCCCUUUAAUUUAAGUACAAUCUAUCGUAGAAUAAGUCGAAGUAUAUGAAGUCAAAUUGUGAAUUGUAAAUGAAUUUGUAGCACGUAAGAAAAUAUCUAUUAGCACUAAGUGUAUAUAUUGUGAAUUUCUAAUCUUAAGCCAUUUUUAGUACUUAAGCUCAUCUGCAAUUCUUUUACUAAUGAACUCCCCACUUCUUCUACAACCGCAGCAAGGUGAGCAACACAUCUCUACUCUUUCUCUCAUAAUAAAACUAGUGUCUCUAUAUCCAUACCCGAA